UAUUUAGGAAUUUAUUUGUCAUUUCAGGUUGCAAGGUGUACCAAGAUCAUUAAUGCUGAUUCUGAUGAUCCCAAGUAUAUCAUAAAUGUCAAACAGUUUGCAAAAUUUGUCGUAGAUCUGGCCGAUUCAGUUGCACCUACAGAUAUUGAGGAAGGCAUGCGUGUUGGCGUGGAUCGCAACAAGUAUCAAAUACAUAUUCCUCUCCCACCAAAAAUUGAUCCCUCAGUAACAAUGAUGCAGGUGGAAGAGAAACCCGAUGUUACAUACUCUGACGUGGGAGGCUGCAAGGAACAAAUUGAAAAACUCCGUGAAGUGGUUGAGACGCCUCUCUUACAUCCUGAACGGUUUGUUAAUCUUGGCAUUGAACCUCCUAAAGGUGUCCUCCUGUUUGGACCACCUGGAACAGGAAAGACCUUGUGUGCACGAGCAGUUGCUAACCGUACAGAUGCCUGUUUCAUCAGAGUUAUUGGUUCUGAAUUAGUUCAGAAAUAUGUCGGAGAGGGUGCUCGAAUGGUACGUGAACUCUUUGAGAUGGCCCGCACUAAGAAAGCGUGCCUGAUCUUUUUUGAUGAAAUUGAUGCCAUUGGAGGUGCUCGAUUUGAUGAUGGUGCUGGAGGUGACAAUGAAGUGCAGAGAACUAUGCUGGAGCUCAUCAAUCAACUCGAUGGUUUCGAUGCUCGUGGUAAUAUUAAGGUUCUGAUGGCAACCAAUCGUCCAGAUACUCUUGACCCUGCACUCAUGCGACCUGGUCGUUUGGAUCGCAAAGUAGAAUUUGGUCUUCCUGACUUGGAAGGAAGGUCACACAUAUUCAAAAUUCAUGCCAAGUCCAUGUCAGUUGAACGUGACAUUCGUUUUGAUCUACUUGCACGGCUGUGCCCUAACAGUACAGGUGCAGAAAUUCGAUCAGUGUGUACAGAAGCAGGUAUGUAUGCCAUCCGUGCUCGCAGGAAGGUAGCUACUGAAAAGGACUUCUUGGAUGCUGUCAACAAAGUCAUCAAGGCAUAUGCCAAAUUCUCAGCAACACCAAGAUAUAUGACAUAUAACUAGAACUUUUUCCUGAAAUUUUCUGAGGAAUUAUAAGAAAAGAGAACUAUCUUAACCCACAACCAGUAUGAUUCUUAUGAAA